AUGUUCUUUAGGUUGUUCAAAACUGGGUUUGUAAUACCCUUUUUUUUUUCCUCUCCUAUUAAGGUCCUUGAUGCCUCAACACUCAGCUUUGGUACUCGAGUCAGAUGGUUUGCCAUAUGUUUUGUUGCUGGCAUUGUGUGUUCUAUUCUUGGAACAGCAUUGCUAUGGCUCCCAAAGGGGAUCAAACUUUUUGCAGUGUUUUACACCCUGGGAAAUAUCGCUGCAUUAGCCAGUACAUGUUUCCUGAUGGGGCCACUGAAGCAAUUGAAAGCAAUGUUUGAGCCAAAAAGAUUAAUAGCUACAGUUGUGAUGUUGCUUUUCCUAGUAUUGACUCUGUGUGCUGUAUUCUGGUGGAACAAAAAAGGUUUGGCGGUGUUAUUCUGCAUAUUGCAGUUCUUGGCAAUGACCUGGUAUAGUCUGUCAUAUAUUCCUUUUGCAAGGGAUGCUGUGAUUAAAUGCUUCUCCUCCUGUCUAGGGUAAAUUAAAACCAGGAACCACUGUAUGCUUUAAAAGCCAACUUUUAUUCCUCUGUGAAUCUUGCUCGGGAAACUAUACUUUUCCACUCAUGAAAUACCCAGUAACAAUUUAGUAGUUCCUUGCCUUUUGCAUUUGGGGGAUUAAAUAAUUUUUACUAGAAACAGUUUUAAAAAUACAUUGGGUGAACUGUUUGUGUUUACCCUGGAACUUUUAGGCUUCUUUUAACAAAAAAGUACAUUUAAAUACCUUGUGCAGAGUAGUCUUAAAACUACCUUGCAUCCAGUAACACAGUUUAUUCCCCAGUGGAGGCGGGCCACUACAAUCUGGGUAGUAUGCAUAAAGAUUUCAUUACAGUUCUGUCUAAAAUUUGCAGUGUGCCAUUUAUGUUUGUAUAUUAUUCAUUGUAUGCUUUUCCAAAGACAGAGUUUUAUAAACAUUGUAAAGAUUUGGUAAGUUAUAUGCUCCUUUGAAAUGUCUAUACGUGUGCCUUACGGGAAGAGCUUAAUGAGAAUAUGUGAAAGGUCUGUUUAAAGCCUGUUGGAUGUUAUUAAAAAGCUAUAUUUUAAACGAUUUUUUUUUUUACUUUCAUACUUAAAUACUUCUUACUAAAAGAACUUAUGGCUAAUGUAUAAAUGCGACUUGUGAAAUAAACUAGUUUUAAAGG